UUCAAAAUUACCUGAUUUCUGGAAUUACAAACCUGUCUAAGGCUGAAGAUGUUAGUGAACAUAAAGCAUAUCCUGUGGUUGCCCUUCCUGCUGUACAACUCAUCUUUUGGACUUGCUGACACGAUGGUGGUGAUGCGGCCCGUCAGCGGCUCUCUCUCCGGCAAAGUGGUGCUGCCGUGCCACUUCUCCACCAUACCCACCUCCGCGCCCACCGCCAACAGCACUGCCAGCACUGACUACCUGCGCAUCAAGUGGUCCAAGGUGGAGAACGAGGUGGAGAGGGUUGUGCUGGUGGCCCAGAACGGGGUGAUCAAGAUCGGGCCCAGCUUCAGGAGCCGGGUGUCGGUGCCCAGCCACCCGGAGGAUGUUGGGGACGCCUCCCUGACUGUAGUGAAGCUGAGGGCCAGUGAUGCGGGGACGUACCGCUGCGAGGUCAUGUACGGCAUCGAGGACACAGAAGACACUGUCUCUCUGGACGUCAGUGGUGUCGUGUUUCACUACCGGGCAAACACCAGCAGAUACACACUGAACUACACUAGUGCCGUGCAAGCCUGCCACAGUGCCGGGGCCUCCAUCGCCACAGCAGAUCAGCUGAAGUCGGCCUUCGAGGAUGGGUUUGACCACUGCGAUGCUGGCUGGGUUGCAGAUCAGACAGUGAGAUACCCCAUCACCAAACCCAGGCCUGGUUGCUAUGGCGAUAAGAUGACAAAGCCCGGCAUCAGAACGUACGGAUUACGAAAUCCCAAAGAGACGUAUGAUGUCUUCUGCUAUGUGGACAAGCUGGAAGGUAAUGUGUUCUAUGCGCCCGUCACCCGUAAGAUGACCCUGGAGGAGGCCAGAGAGGAGUGCGAGAGGAGGGACGCUGCGCUGGCCUCCCCGGGUCAGCUGCAUGCUGCAUGGAGGCAGGGCCUGGACCAGUGCAACUACGGCUGGCUGUCCGACGGGAGCGCCCGCUACCCCGUCUCCAUCCCCAAGAAGCAGUGCGGGGGCGGUCUGCUGGGCGUCAGGACCAUGUACCGCUACCUGAACCAGACGGGCUUUCCUGAACCCACAUUAAAGCUUGGAGCAUACUGCUUCAGAGGAAUACAUUCUUGCACUGAAAAUGUUUGCCUGAAUGGAGGCACCUGCUACACAAGGGGCAAUGUCUACACAUGUGCCUGUCCCCCUGGUUACAGUGGUGAUCGCUGUGAAAUAGAUAUUGAUGAAUGCCAGUCUAACCCCUGUCGUAAUGGUGGUACCUGCAUUGAUGGCCUAAACUCCUUCACCUGUACAUGCCUCCCAAGCUAUGCAGGAACUCUCUGUGAACAAGACACUGAGACGUGCGACUACGGGUGGCACAAGUUCCAGGGACACUGCUACAAGUACAUCGCUCACCGGCGGACGUGGGACAUCGCGGAGCGGGAGUGUCGCCUGCAGGGUGCCCAUCUGACCAGCAUCCUCUCCCACGAGGAGCAGCUAUUCGUCAACCGCUUGGGACAUGACUACCAAUGGAUUGGCCUAAAUGAUAAAAUGUUCGAGAAUGAUUUCCGCUGGACCGAUGGGCGACCUGUGCAAUAUGAGAACUGGAGACCCAACCAGCCGGACAGCUUCUUCUCAUCUGGAGAGGACUGUGUGGUAAUGAUCUGGCAUGAGGAUGGACAGUGGAACGACGUGCCCUGCAAUUACCACCUCACCUUCACCUGCAAGAAGGGAACAGUCGCGUGCAGCCAGCCUCCCGUGGUGCAGAACGCCCGCACCUUCGGCAGGAUGCGGCCUCGCUACGAGAUCAACUCGCUGGUGAGGUACCAGUGCAAGGACGGCUUCAUCCAGAGACACGUGCCCACCAUCAGGUGCCGCGGAGAUGGACGGUGGGACGUCCCCCAGAUCUCCUGCAUGACCCCAUCUGCCUUCCAGAAGGCGUACUCGUGGAGAUACCAAUACAGCAACUACAAUAACUCUAGGAGGAGGUCCAGUGAGUCGGUGCGACACCAUCACCGCUGGGCCACCAGAGGGGACAGGAACAGGCGCUGACCCCUGAGUGACGCUGUCUGGAGGUGCCCUCUGAUUGCACGAGAGGCCUAAGCCCACAGACGGCCUUUUCUCAACCAGCGUAUGUUUCUACAGGAAAACAACAGCACAACAACAAGAAGCCAUUUUUACUGUCUUUUUUGCAAUCAAAAGGGGAGAUAAAAAGAACCAUGUCAAUUGCCUUUCAAAUCUUGUCAGGUGUUUCUUACUUUUUUUUUCAUUUUUGGGAGGGACACAGUUUAUGAAGUCAACAAAAAAGGAUACAGCCAGCUGGUCACUUGGAACUCUUUAUGUCUGUGCCCCGGAGAUGACUGACAAGAUCUGUUUGCUGGUGGAUAUUAACACUGAUUUCUUGCUUUGUUAUUUCCUUUGUUUUGCGGUCCAGCCUCCUUACCUGGCAGAGCACAUAUCUCAAAAAACUGUAUCUAUGGUAACAAUAUUGUCCAAUGGUUUUUAUUGGGGAAAAGGAACAAGCAGUGACAACAUUUGUAAAUAGUGUUGAAACCAGUUUAGCACUCAGAUAAUGUAAAUACACCAUCAGAUUUAAGUCUAUGUUAUUAAAAAGGCUCUUAGGACUUUCUCCUGAAGAGAGACAGAUAGUGUCUUUCUGCUGCUCUUUUGUAUGGGUGGGACAGCAUACUUUACACAGAUUUUAUACUAAACUAUAUCAAACAGUAAUGACAGGAGGGUUUGUGUGCUUACGUCUACUUUUGAAUGACAAAUCUGGAGACAGAGUCACAGAGGAGGAAGAGGACAAUAUGAGGACUACAAUGCAAUGACUGCGCAAACACUCAUCAACUUUACAGAUUUCAGAGACUGCCAGGAGAGAGAGAUAGUGUCGCAGGAGGUGGCUCUGGAAAAAGGAAGUCGUCCUCCUGAAAGAGGAAGUUUAUCUUUCCAAAAAUGGCAGCUUUGAGUGGUUCACCAGCAUGCAUGGAGAUGCCAUUAUUGGCUAUCUUCGUUUGAAAUACAAUCUUUUUUAUGAAAGAAAAAACAUUGAAAUAUAUAAUAAUUAAUAAACAGAUGAAUGUGUAUAUAUAACCAGUUUAAUCCUUUUGUUUAUUAUAUGGUAUGGUGAAAAAUGAGAUAAAAGAAAAGUUAUUAUGAAUGUGUGACAGAGUGCUGCAGCCCCAGUGCUUCCUCAGUAGACAUUAGCAACUGAAGUAAAACCAUAGAGAUUUAAUUUAUUGGACAUGUUGUAUGGGAAUACAGAAAGCAAAGAUUGUUUCUGAAUGGAGAUAAAGUAUGUACUUUAUUUAUAUCUGGUUUCUGC